GUCCGCGCUGUCUGGGCCGCGGACCGUCGGUCCCUCUUGAGCACGGCCUUGCCGGUUUGGAGAGGUGAAAGGUUGCGAAGAUGGCGACGGCCUUGAGCGAGGAGGAGCUGGACAAUGAAGACUAUUACUCGUUGCUGAACGUGCGCAGGGAGGCCUCUUCUGAAGAGCUGAAAGCUGCCUACCGGAGGCUGUGUAUGCUGUACCAUCCCGACAAGCACAGAGACCCGGAGCUCAAAUUGCAGGCAGAGCGGCUGUUUAACCUUGUUCACCAGGCUUAUGAAGUGCUCAGUGACCCCCAGACCAGGGCCAUCUAUGACAUCUAUGGCAAGAGAGGACUGGAAAUGGAAGGGUGGGAGGUUGUGGAGAGGAGGAGGACUCCAGCCGAAAUCAGGGAAGAGUUUGAGCGGCUGCAGAGGGAGAGGGAGGAGAGGCGGCUGCAGCAGCGAACCAACCCCAAGGGGACCAUCAGUGUUGGCAUCGACGCCACUGACCUUUUUGAUCGCUACGAGGAGGAGUACGAAGAUGUGUCCGGAAGUGGCUUUCCGCAGAUUGAAAUCAACAAGAUGCACAUCUCCCAGUCCAUUGAGGCACCCUUGACAGCUUCAGACACAGCCAUCCUCUCCGGAAGCCUCUCUACCCAGAAUGGGAAUGGAGGAGGUUCCAUUAACUUCGCGCUCAGACGAGUCACUUCUGCAAAGGGAUGGGGCGAGUUAGAGUUUGGAGCUGGGGAUCUGCAGGGACCUUUAUUUGGUCUCAAGCUGUUCCGUAAUCUCACACCAAGAUGCUUUGUGACAACCAACUGUGCUCUGCAGUUUUCAUCCCGUGGCAUCCGGCCCGGCCUCACCACUGUCCUGGCCCGGAACCUGGACAAGAACACCGUGGGUUACCUGCAGUGGCGCUGGGGCAUCCAGUCGGCCAUGAACACCAGCAUCGUCCGGGACACCAAAACCAGCCACUUCACUGUGGCCCUGCAGCUUGGAAUCCCUCACUCCUUUGCGCUGAUCAGCUAUCAGCACAAAUUCCAGGAUGACGAUCAGACUCGCGUGAAGGGAUCCCUUAAGGCAGGCUUCUUUGGGACGGUGGUGGAGUAUGGAGCGGAGAGGAAGAUCUCCAGGCACAGCGUUCUAGGUGCGGCUGUCAGCGUUGGAGUCCCCCAGGGCGUUUCUCUCAAAGUCAAGUUAAACAGGGCCAGUCAGACUUACUUCUUCCCCAUUCACCUGACGGACCAGCUGCUCCCCAGCGCUGUGUUCUACGCCACCGUGGGGCCACUCGUGGCCUACUUCGCCAUGCACCGUCUCAUCAUCAAACCGUAUCUCAGGGCUCAGAAGGAGAAGGAACUGGAGAAGCAAAGGGAAAGCACGGCCACCGACAUUCUGCAGAAACAAGAGGCAGAAGCUGCUGUUCGGUUGAUGCAGGAAUCUGUCCGAAGAAUAAUCGAGGCGGAAGAGUCCAGAAUGGGGCUCAUCAUCGUCAACGCCUGGUACGGGAAGUUCGUCAACGACAAGAGCAGGAAGAGCGAGAAGGUGAAGGUGAUCGACGUGACGGUGCCCCUGCAGUGCCUGGUGAAGGACUCCAAGCUCAUCCUCACCGAGGCCUCCAAGGCGGGGCUGCCUGGGUUCUACGACCCAUGUGUGGGUGAAGAGAAGAACCUGAAGGUGCUCUACCAGUUCCGGGGUGUCCUGCACCAGGUGAUGGCGCUCGACAGCGAGGCGCUCAGGAUACCAAAGCAGUCUCACAGGAUUGAUACUGAUGGAUAAACCGCUUGAGAAACCAGAUUAAAAAGAGGCUGCAAAAAAUCUUCCUGGGAGUCUACAAAUUUGGAAGCAGGGAAGAAAUCCAGACAUCAGAUGUGUUUAUUUUGUAUUUUCUAUAGAAGGUGGUACCGUAUCAAUUAUGUGAAGGGGCGUGUACACAGGCACUCUGCUUUCACGGGUGCUGUAGGUAGGACUGGGGCAGCCCAACCUGGACCAGAACCACACCUUGGCCCGUGUCUGCUUUCCCAAGGAUCAUGUCCCUCGAGGAAAGGGCCCUCCCCAGGUUCCUCAGCACAUGUGCUGGCUGCAGCCACCCAGUAGCUCUCGGUCUGUCGUGAGGUAUUUAUGAACAUCUUGCCCUCAUGCAUAGGACUGUGAACUACUUUUCCUGAAAUCCACACUGAACAUGGGAAAUGAAAUGGAAGGAAGGAAGGAGUUCCCCUGAGCAGAGUCUCCAGAUCGAGUGAGCAUCUAUCCAGUCAGCUUCCUGAAAACCACCUUUCCCUGCUGAAAUAUUACUGAGAAUCUGGAGAGGAUUGUGUGGGUGUAUAAAUCUGCUUUUUAUCUGAGAACAAAUGGUUUUGGAAAUUAGUCUCUAUUUUCCCCUCCCAGAACUUCUCGAGUCAUUCCACUGGCACCUGGCUUGGGACGGAAGGUGUAACUCCUGGUCCCAGGGUCUACCCUGUCAUGGGUCACUCUCCCCCCAGGAGCCACCCGUGUCCUCGUGGAAAAGGCAGAUGCCUGUCGACCUGCCCCCCGCAGCUCAGUGCCCGAGCUGCUGCCGCACUGCACAUUGGCUGCACAUUGGAGUGCGGAACGGGAGCAGGUUCAGAAGGGAAGAUGGGGUCAGUCAGAGUUGCUGGGAGAGCUCCAGACCCGCCUGCGCCGCCCUCGCUCGCGGCCAGCAGGUGGCGCCGCUGCUCCCGCACCUGGUGGAUCCAGCUCCUCCCCACUUUGAGUGUUCGCAAGACUCUUCCUUCGCUUGCCUCUUCUGUGGAUGCAGGACAUUUCAGGAGCCAGGAUACGCCUGAACAGCCUGGUCUGUUCACUGCGCUCAAAAGUUACCUGAUGAGCAGAGGCCCCAGCCGGUGGUGGUUGUGACAGCGCCCCCCCCACCCCAGGUGGUGGUAAAAAUCAGGUUUCACUCUUGACAUUGGUACCAGAGAAAUCACUGAUAACCCCUUCCUCCAAUCUUUAAAGAGUUCAGGUUGUCCAACUCUGUAACAUUUACCUCCAGUGAAGUUUCCCUCCGAGCUGCCGCUCUGAAUGUAAAUCGUGCAAUAAGCGCCGUUACCUGAGCGGCCGCAGCCGUGCUCCCUCCGCGGCGCGCAGCUCGGGCGCCGCUGCCCUGCCUUCUAUCUGAAAUGGACUGUACGGAAGACCCUCCGCCCCAAUAAACCUUUCCUGAAAGCGGG